AUGGAUCUCUUAAGCAAUCUACGAGACGAUGUUCUUUGUCAUAUAUUGUCCUUCCUUACCACCAAGGAGGUUAGUUUGACAUCGGUUCUCUCUAAGAGAUGGCGCAAUCUGCUUGUAUUUGUCUCUAAUCUUCAUAUUGAUGACUCUAUCUUUCUGCAUCCCGAAGAGGGUAAGCGGGACAGGUACAAAAUUCGACAGAGCUUCGUUGAAUUUGUGGAUAGAAUAUUUGCAUUGCAAGGUGAUUCUCCCAUUAUGAAAGUCUCUCUCAAGUGUCAAACUAAGCUUGAUUCAGACUGCGUUGAUGGUUGGAUAAGUAAUGUGUUGACGCGUGGUGUUUCUGAACUUGAUCUGUCAAUCGAUUUGUGUAUGGGUGAAUACAUUCUGUUGUCUUCAAAACGUUUCGAGAGCAUUAAUCUAGUUAAGCUGAAAUUACACAGACUUUGUAUUGGCCAACUGGAUAUCCAGAUUUGUUGGUUGGCUAGUGGAAUAUUCUUACCAAUGCUUAAAGCUCUUGAACUUGAGUCAGUUGGGUUUUAUGUUGAUGAGUUAUUUCUUAGAGCUUUGCCUGCGCUCGAGGAAUUAGUCAUGGUUGAUGUAUUCUGGUCUGGAGCGUUACGGAUGUCACCGUGUCAAAUGCAAGCCUCAAGACCCUAACUUUAAAUUCCAACCAUUAUUCAAGCACUAUUUCAUUUGAUACACCUAGUCUUGUU